AUGGCUUCCGCUCUGGCUAUCAGUCCGAAUUUGUUCACUUGGCCCGUACGAGCUCUUCUUGUUUUAGCAAACAUUCCGCACUUCGCUUGGGAGCCGCCCGCGCUAUUUCUCCUUAGCUGUGAAAUGCCACGCGACGGGCCCUUGUCUCUCCCUUUUGCUAGCUCCGGCUCAACUGAGCGCGGAGCCGCUUGGUGUGUGUGCCGAAUGAGCUCAGGCUGCCCAACGAGGUCACUCGCUCAGCCUAACGACUCUCUAAUACAAGACGAAUUCCAUCGCAACCGGGGACGACACCCAUCUGAGAAAGCAGCGCGAGACACCACACUAAGAAUAAGGUGGGUUGGAGGGAAUGUUUUGGGGCUGAUACAACUCGUGGCAGUUGGAAGCUCCUGA